UGCGGAAAAGACUCUAGUGGGGUGGGGAAGAAGAAGGUGCGGGAUGUGAAGUUGCCGGCGGCAACAUCAGAUCCACGGAGAGAAAACAGCCGAAGGAAGAACGGGAAAUAAAAGCGUGGCGGCGUUUAAAUAUAUAUUUUUUAAGGUUCAGAGUUUUAGGUUUCAGCGCGCGCUGCCCGGCGGACACUGAGUGUGGGGAAUAAAAGUUCGGGUCCCACGAAGCAACGCGUGGGAGUGGAGCGCAGGAUCGUGACUGACUGAGGCAAGCUCCACUGUCUGUCUCRUCAUGGCAGGACCUGGAGGUGACAUGCAGUGGUGCUUCUCUCAGGUGAAAGGAGCCAUUGAUGAUGACGUAGCUGAAGCGGAUAUUAUCUCCACGGUUGAGUUCAAUCACACGGGAGAGCUGCUCGCCACCGGAGACAAAGGUGGGCGUGUGGUCAUCUUCCAACAAGAGAUAGAGAACAAGAAUCAGCCUCAGUUCCGGAGCGAGUACAACGUUUACAGCACCUUCCAGAGCCACGAGCCCGAGUUCGACUACUUGAAGAGUUUGGAAAUCGAAGAGAAGAUCAACAAGAUCCGCUGGCUCCCGCAGAAGAACGCCGCUCAGUUCCUGCUGUCYACAAACGAUAAGACAAUAAAAUUAUGGAAAAUCAGUGAGCGGGACAAAAGACCGGAGGGCUACAACCUGAAAGAGGACGAUGGACGAUACAAAGACCCCAACUCCAUCACAUCACUGCAGGUACCAGUUUUGAUCCCGAUGGACCUGAUGGUGGAGGCCAGUCCUCGGCGGGUGUUCGCCAACGCYCACACCUACCACAUCAACUCUGUGUCUGUGAACAGCGACAACGAGACCUACCUGUCUGCAGACGACCUCCGCGUCAACCUGUGGCACCUGGAGAUCACCGACCGCAGCUUCAACAUUGUCGACAUCAAACCGGCCAACAUGGAGGAGCUGACGGAGGUGAUCACGGCGUCGGAGUUUCACCCUCACCAGUGCAACACCUUGGUCUACAGCAGCAGCAAGGGAACCAUCCGGCUCUGCGACAUGAGGGCGUCUGCGCUCUGCGACAAACACUCCAAGUUGUUCGAGGAGCCGGAGAAUCCCAGCAACCGCUCCUUCUUCUCCGAGAUCAUAUCGUCCAUCUCGGACGUCAAGUUCAGUCACAACGGGCGCUACAUGAUGACCAGAGACUACUUGUCUGUGAAGAUCUGGGACCUGAACAUGGAGAACCGACCAGUGGAGACGUAUCAGGUUCACGAAUACCUGAGGAGCAAGCUGUGCUCGCUCUACGAGAACGACUGCAUCUUCGACAAGUUUGAAUGCUGCUGGAAUGGCAACGACAGCGUGGUGAUGACGGGCUCGUACAACAACUUCUUCCGGAUGUUCGACCGCGGCCACCGGCGGGACAUCACCCUGGAGGCGUCCCGCGAGAACAGCAAGCCCAUGCAGGUCCUGAAGCCCCGCAAGGUCUGCACCGGGGGCAAGCGCAAGAAGGACGAGAUCAGCGUGGACAGUUUGGACUUCAACAAGAAAAUCCUGCACACCGCCUGGCACCCCCAGGACAACAUCAUCGCCGUGGCGACCACCAACAACCUCUACAUAUUCCAGGACAAAGUGAACUAGCGGGACGAGCGCUGGCAUCGCUCCCCGUCGCUCUCCGGUCGGACCGGACCGGACCGGCUCCAGAUGUGGACAGAAGUCGUUUCUCGCCCAUCGUGGGUCUGUUGGAGGCGGAGCGACGUCUGCCUUUGUUGUUCCAGUGACGUGGUGCCAAUCCCCGUUUUGUCUCCUUUCUUUUAUAAUGUGGGUUUCGUUUCCUUAAAUUCUGACCACGUUUAUUUUUAUAUCGUCGCACCCUUAAACAGCUCGGUUGUAGAAAAUAACGUUUAGCCCCCUCCCCCCGUUUAUUGUCAUGUGCCAUUGUAGUGUUUAUUUUCUAAGUUUUUUUUUUUUAGUAAGUCAUCCAUCAGACUGUAGGUUGUUCCUUAUUCUUUGUUUAUUAAAACAUGCAUACUGAACAGUCAAGUAUGCUCGGUUGCUUUAUUUUUAUUUUUUACCCUCACAUUUUGACCUCCAGGAUUUUAAAUUCAGCGUAUUUUCAGCGAGGUGCCUCAGGCUCUAAAACAGAGCUUUUAUUUUAUUUUAUUUUAUUUUUUUAAUGAGACAUCUUUCUGCAUUGGUUCCUUUUUCUUUUUUUGUUGUAGUGUGCAAAAACAGUCAGGUAUGAGCGAUGUGAAGAUAUGAUUKUCAUAUUAAAAAAAGAAACCAGACGUGUUCCGUCCCAUUUUGUAAAACAAAGCUGGGCCUUUAAACGUACUCUUAAGUAUCGUCUCAUCGUUUUUGCUCGCCGCAGUAUUUCACAACAGGGAUUUGACACUGGACUUUAUUUGCACCUAAACAAAGUACUUGGAUGUCUUAGACUGCAGUUUAAAAAAUAAAAACAUACAUUAUUUGAGGCAUUGAAUAAUUUAUUUUAACUACUGCAGACGUUAAUGCUGCUUCAUGUCUACACGUAUUUAAAAUGUGGACUUUAAGCUGUUGAUGCCUCUAGUAAUGUAUAACUACAAGGAAAAAUAAAGGAACUAUUUUGCA